AUGCUCGGCACCAAGCUCAUCCUCGCUACGCUCGCGGUUCUCGCCGCCUCGGUCGCCGCCACACCCAUCGACAACAACUACGCCGUUGUUGCCCUCGACGCCCGCCACGGCGGCUCGGGCGGUAACGGUGGUGCUGGCGGUAAGGGCGGCAAGGGUGGCUCGUCCUCGAACGGCCAGGGCGGUGCCGGCGGUGACGGCGGCGCUGGUGGCGCUGGCUCCGGCAACGGCAAGGGCGGCGCCGGCGGUGACGGUGGUGGCGGUGGCUCGGGCAAGGUCGGCGGUGAGGGCGGCGACGGCGGUGCCGGUGGCGAGGGCGGCAAGAAGAACGGCUCCGGCGGUGCCGGCGGCGACGGUGGCCAGGGCGGCAACGGCAAGAAGCAGGGCGGCGAGGGCGGCGACGGUGGCGCCGGCGGUGCUGGCCACGGCAAGGGCUCCGGCGGCGAGGGCGGUGACGGCGGUGGCGGCGGCUCGGGCCGCACCGGCGGCGAGGGCGGUGACGGUGGUGACGGCGGUGCUGGCGGCGACCGCGGCGGCAAGGGCGGCGAGGGAGGUGACGGUGGCGCCGGCGGCAAGAGCACCGGCAAGGGCAAGGGCAAGCACCACAAGUGGUGA